ACAUUUUAUUUUGUAAAUAUCCUUUUCAGAUAUAGCGUUUUAAUAUUAGGGAUAUGUCGUCAUAAAUAUUGAGGUAAGGUCAUUUGCCAUUUUUUUUUUGGUAACAGGCAUUAUUGUGGACAGCUACCCUUAGACUGGUCCUGUCCCACGUUGGCGCAUAGCAGGAAGAGAAAAAGAGAAGAGACCGUCCUCUAGUCAAGUUAGCGGUGUGUUUUCACACUUUCAUGGCUAUGGCGACACAUUAACGUCGUGUCCUGGCGCGUUCCCAGUUGGAUAGUAUAAACUUGAGAGGGAAAAAAAAAACAAUGUCGGUGAACGUGUGUUUGUAUUUAAUUUCUCGCCUUCGUCACAAUGUUAACACUCGAACAGCUCGCCUGGUCAGAAGUAGCCGUCAUGCGGUUUCGGGCCCCGUUUCUUUGCAUAGAGAGCACCCGGUGUGUACCGUGGUUAGCAGCAGGAAUUGUUCUUCAUCCUCUAAACCUCCGGACACGUCUCUUUUUCUCCCUCUCACGCUGAAGACGGACCUGUCUGCUGAAGGGAGUGUGGGAGCGGAGCUGACCCAGCCUCUGGAUAAAAGUGAGCUUUUAAAAAUUGCAAACCGGUUUUACAAGAGGAAAGAGAUGCAGAAGCUGGCUGCAGAUAACGGACUGGAUGCACGACUCUUCCACCAGGCCUUUAUUAACUUCAGGAAAUAUAUCCUAGAGGUGCCAUCACUCCCUGCUGAUCUGCACAUCAUUCUCAGUGACAUUUGUUGCGGAGCAGGUCACAUAGAUGACAUCUACCCAUAUUUCAUGCGACACGCCAAGCAGAUCUUUCCCAUGCUUGACUGUAUGGACGACCUGAGGAAGAUCUCUGACCUCAGAGUUCCUGCUAACUGGUACCCGGAGGCCCGCGCCAUCCAGAGGAAGGUGAUCUUCCAUGCCGGCCCCACCAACAGCGGCAAAACCUACAACGCCAUCCAACGCUACCUGGCGGCAAAGUCGGGGGUCUACUGCGGACCCCUCAAACUUCUCGCCCACGAAAUCUUUGAAAAGACCAACCAAGCUGAUGUACCAUGUGACUUGGUUACUGGCGAGGAAAGGACGUUUGUGGACGCGGAGGGUCGAGCGUCUGGUCAUGUGGCCUGCACCAUCGAGAUGUGCAGCGUCACAACACCAUAUGAAGUGGCUGUGAUCGAUGAAAUUCAAAUGAUCAGAGAUCCCUCACGAGGCUGGGCCUGGACCAGAGCUCUGCUGGGUCUCUGUGCGGAGGAGAUUCAUGUGUGUGGUGAACCUGCAGCCAUUGACUUCGUCAGAGAGCUGAUGUAUAGCACUGGAGAGGAGGUUGAGGUCCAUACCUACCAACGUCUAACUCCGUUCUCCAUCCUGGAUAGCGCUGUGGAGUCUCUAGACAACCUGAGAGCAGGGGAUUGCAUCGUGUGCUUCAGUAAAAAUGACAUCUACUCCAUAAGCAGGCAGAUUGAAGCCAGGGGGCUUGAAUGUGCUGUCAUUUAUGGAAGUUUACCUCCAGGCACCAAACUCUCUCAGGCCAAGAAGUUCAACGACCCCGAUGACCCCUGCACAAUCUUGGUAGCAACAGAUGCUAUUGGGAUGGGCCUUAAUUUGAGCAUAAAACGUAUCAUCUUCAACAGUCUAGUGAAGCCGAAUGUCAACGAAAAAGGGGAGAAGCAGAUGGAGACCAUCAGCACGUCGCAGGCUCUCCAAAUCGCCGGGCGAGCCGGAAGGUUCUCUUCCAAGUUCAAAGAGGGAGAGGUAACCACCAUGCACAGAGAUGAUCUUCCAGUCCUAAAGGAUAUACUAAAUCACACUGUGGAGCCCAUUGAGACUGCAGGUCUUCAUCCCACUGCAGAGCAGAUUGAGAUGUUUGCUUAUCAUCUACCCGAUGCUACUCUCUCUAACCUCAUUGACAUUUUUGUCAGCCUCUCCCAGGUGGACGGCCUCUAUUUUGUCUGCAACAUCGAUGACUUUAAGUUCCUGGCUGACAUGAUUCAGCACAUCCCGCUCAACCUGAGGUCACGCUACGUUUUCUGCACGGCUCCCAUCAAUAAGAAGCAGCCUUUUGUAUGCACAUCUUUCUUAAAGUUCGCCCGUCAGUUCAGCCGAGACGAACCCUUGACCUUUGACUGGGUCUGUCGGCAUGUCAACUGGCCUCUGGCCCCGCCCAAAAACAUAAAAGACCUGGUUCACCUGGAGGCUGUUCACGACGUGUUGGAUCUUUACCUCUGGUUAAGUUACCGUUUCUUGGACAUGUUCCCUGACACUGCCUUUGUGCGAGAAAUCCAACGGGAACUGGACGCCACCAUCCAAGAGGGCGUACGAAAUAUCACGCGUCUCAUCCGAGCCACAGACCCGGCCAUCACCGGCCCACUCCAGGCGCAGAGAAACCGGGUCCAAACUGGUGCCUCUGAUAGCCACUCGUCAGGAGUCAGAAGAAGUCUGAGCACUUCAAAAGGCUUGAAACAGACCGUGGACAGCUCGCUAGCUAACCGCCUGGUGCGAGACGGACUUUUGACGUCCGAGAUCCUGCAGCAGCUGCAGAAGGAGUGGUCUAAAGAACAGAAGAAGGAGUCCAGCAAUCAGAGCGCACUGGAUAUUAAAUAUCACAGUAACAGCAACAAAGACAACAAGAGGAAAAAGAGGAAAUGAAUCAUCAUUUAAGAAGAAACUGGUGAACCGUGGUGGACCAUACACCUCACAAUGUGUAUCAUGCAAUUUACCCCUAAAAUCUAAAAUGUUAUGUUUAAGGUAAUACAGUACUUAGAAUAAAGUCACUUAAUUGAUAAAGGUCUUGUUUUGUAUGCAAAGGUAUAGAUUUAAAAUCUUACAUUUUCAGUUUCACUUUGCCUAUAGGUCAAAGGUGCACAACCUUUUACCAGUUUCAGUUCUCUGAGAGCGAAACUAAAUUUGAGAAAAAUCUUGCAGUAAUCCAAUAAAUGUUUAUUAUAUACA